UAUUUGACGGCAACGUGUUGACAUCUAAAUACCGCGAAACACAGAGAGUAGUCGGCAAAACUGUGAGAGUGAAAAAUAAACGAAAAUAAACAAUUGUGUUUAUACAAUAAAUUUGAGUGUAAAAACAAAACAAAAAAGAAAUUUAAAAAGUAGUCAAUAUGCCUCCUCGUUCGACUACUGUUUCCAAUAAUGCGGAGCCCUUGGAUGAUGCCACCACCACUGAAUUGGGUGCCUCCAAGCAGACUGGUGUGCUUUUCGAAGCUGAUGCCGAUACCGCCGAUGGUGCCUUGGCAGCCGAUAUCACCCAAUUCAAGAAGGCCGAAAAACGCAAAUUGAAAUUGGUGUGGCGCAACAUUAUUUUGUUUGGCUAUUUGCAUUUGGCAGCCGUAUACGGUGGUUAUUUGUUCUUUGCCAAAGCCAAGUGGGCCACAGUAUUCUUCUCCAUCUUCUUGUAUUCUAUUGGUGUUUUGGGUAUUACUGCCGGUGCCCAUAGAUUGUGGGCCCAUCGUUCGUACAAAGCCAAAUGGCCCUUGCGUUUGCUUUUGGUUGCCUUCAACACUAUUGCCUUCCAAGAUGCCGCCUACCAUUGGGCUCGUGAUCAUCGUGUACAUCAUAAGUUCUCGGAAACCGAUGCUGAUCCUCACAAUGCCACCCGUGGUUUCUUCUUCUCUCAUGUUGGCUGGUUGUUGUGCAAGAAACAUCCCGAUGUUGUGGCCAAGGGAAAGAGCCUUGAUUUGGCCGACUUGAGAGCCGAUCCCAUCCUAAUGUUCCAAAAGAAACACUACAUGACUUUGAUGCCUUUGGCUUGUUUCAUCAUGCCCACCUUUGUUCCCAUGUACUUUUGGGGUGAAAGUUUCCUUAACGCUUGGUUUGUGGCCACCAUGUUCCGUUGGUGCUUCUUGCUCAAUGUCACCUGGUGUGUAAACAGUGCUGCCCACAAAUUCGGUGGCCGUCCCUAUGACAAAACCAUUAAUCCCUCUCAAAAUGCUGCCGUUGCUGCUUUCGCUUUCGGUGAAGGCUGGCACAACUAUCAUCAUGUCUUCCCCUGGGAUUACAAGACCGCCGAAUGGGGCAACUACUCCAUGAACUUGACCACCGCUUUCAUUGAUUUCUUUGCCAAAAUCGGCUGGGCCUACGAUUUAAAAUCCGUUGCCCCCGAAACCAUUGAAAAGCGUGUAAAGCGUACCGGUGAUGGCACCCACGAACUUUGGGGUUAUGGCGACAAGGACAUUUCCCCCGAGGAUCAAGAGUCCAUCAUAACACUUAACAAAAAAACUGAAUAAAUUUCAAAUGUAAAACAACAACCAGAGUUUGAAAACUCUAAUCCACAUUCAUGAAAUAAAAUCAACCUUAAAUUACAUGCUAAACUAAAUUAUCAAAAAAUACAAAUUUUGAGGUCAAUGAAAAUGUAAUUUUAAUUUUAAAAAUAUUGUAUUUAUUAAUAUUUAGUAUUUCUUUUAUUUAAUAAGGUGUAUUUUAUAAAGAAAAAACAAACAAAAAACCUCAAGAUUAAAUUAAACUGAGUAAAAAUAUGUGAUUUAUGUAGAUGUAAUAAACAAACAAAAAAUAUUUUAUAAACAAA